AUGGUUUGCUACAGUGUAUUGGAAGAAUAUGAGAAGUUGAUAAUCGCAGUGACUGGCUGGUGUGGGAGCACAUUGACUGGUGUUGGUUGUGUGGUGACCGUGGUGUGUCCUCCUCUGUCCCCAGAUGACCUGAACAGGACCCAUCAGCACUGUGUUCUGGCUGGAGACUCAGCCCGCUUCAGCUCUACACACAGAGUGGCGGAGUGUUCCACCGGGACCCUGGAAUACAUCCAGUCUCGCUGCCGGGAGGCCCUGUCUAACCUGAGCACAGACCCAGAAACAGGGACCCACUGCCUGCUGUCUCUGCUGCCAGCUACCCUGCAAGGCUACGAGGAGAUACACAACGAGGUGGAGUUUGAGUGGCUGAGGCAGUACUGGUUCCAGGGCCAGCGUUACACCCGGUUCUGCAGCUGGUGGGCCAGACCCAUGGAGCAGCUGGAGAAUGACUGGAGAGAGAUGGAGCUCAUGACACAACUCUUACUGGCAGCGGUAGAGGAAGAGGGACAACCGGAGGAGGGCAGGAGAGAGAUGGCAGAGACCCUGCUAACUGCCCUGACAGACAGACAGCAGCACAGACAGACCUGGAGAGACAGGUGCCAUUCCAGCCUGGCCCAGACCCUGCCCCCAGAAGAGGCCCCCGUUGACCGGCCGUUUUGGGCCGACGGUGACCCCAGCAUGCCUCUGCCCUUUGACCUAGCUGACAUCAUCAACAGGGUGGAGUCACUCCUCUGGAGGAUGUGACGGAUGGGACACAAAGUAAAGAGAAGGAGAAAGAGAGCGAGAGAGUCACCCCGUCAUCUGAACAGCCUCUAUCGUGAGGACAGACGACAGAGGAGGAGAACAGGACCUACCAACUCCUGAUGGUGUCAACGUCCUCCAAUGGGGGUACACUUCCCCAGCCCAGCCCACCCUGGACCCCUCCCAACCCUGUACCUCACCCCACACUGCCCAAACCAGUCUCAUCUAGCUUUGCUUGGAUUGACUCAACAUGGCUGCAACAUGAGGAUGGAACCCUGAGUAGUGCUUUGCUAACAUGCUAUAGCUGGUAUUGGAACUAGUCUCACAAUGGUAACGUGGAUAACCUGCAGAAUUAAAACUGAAUGUGUAGGAAUGUAUUAUUUCAAUCAAUGUUCUGUUUCUUUUCUACAUUUAACCAGCUUUGUGUAUGGAUAUGACAAAUAGUCAUACAGAUGUAGGAUCUUAAUUUGACCAGUUUCUCACAGCAGCAAAAUUAUCCUGCAGCAACAGGAAAUGUGAAUUAUUGGGUGGAUUAUAAUUAAUGGACAUUUUUACUUCGGGCAAAUCAAGUCUGACAUUUUCAUGUGGAAAUUACAAACAGAAAUCCUUUUGAACCUUGAAACCUUUAAACCUUAAACCACUACAAGUUUGCAUUUCCUUGCUGCUCAGGAAAUUUCCUGCAACAACAGGGUGAUCAUAUUAAAAUCCUAUAUCUGUAGUACAUUUAUACUUUCUGUUUCUAACUCAAUGUUGUUCUAAUUAUACUGUUGUAUCCUAAUGUCCAUUCACUUCCUGUAUUUCACAACUUACUUGUUCAGAAUCUCACAGGGCAUGACUUUGUGUUACUAAGAUCUGACUGACUCUGUGUGUGUGUGUGUGUGUGUGUGUGUGUGUGUGUGUGUGUGUGUGUGUGUGUGUGUGUGUGUGUGUGUGUGUGUGUGUGUGUGUGUGUGUGUGUGUGUGUGUGUGUGUGUGUGUGUGUGCCACUGCAGUAUUUACAGUAUGUGAAAUUGUAUGUGUGUGAAGCAGUAUGAUAGGGCCUGUAGCAGGGCUGGGAGUUGUUUGUGUUAGAGUGGAAAGGACACAAGUCUAGUAGGCCUAUAGGUUGUAGUAGGCAUGUCUCUGUCUGUAGGCCUGUCUCUAGUCUGCUCUGUAGGGCUGAAAGGCAGCCCAGGCAGACAGCUACUGUAGGGCUGAAAGGCAGCCCAGGCAGACAGCUACUGUAGGGCUGAAAGGCAGCCCAGGCAGACAGCUACUGUAGGGCUGAAAGGCAGCCCAGACAGACAGCUACUGUAGGACUGAAAGGCCUCCCAGGCAGACAGCUACUGUAGAACUAAAAGGCAGCCCCGACAGACAGCUACUGUAGGACUGAAAGGCAGCCCAGGCAGACAGCUACUGUAGGGCUGAAAGGCAUCCCAGGCAGACAGCUACUGUAGGACUGAAAGGCAGCCCCGACAGACAGCUACUGUAGGGCUGAAAGGCAUCCCAGGCAGACAGCUACUGUAGGGCUGAAAGGCAGCCCAGGCAGGCAGCUACUGUAGAACUGAAAGGCAGCCCCGACAGACAGCUACUGUAGGACUGAAAGGCAGCCCAGGCAGACAGCUACUGUAGGACUGAAAGGCAUCCCAGGCAGACAGCUACUGUAGGACUGAAAGGCAGCCCAGGCAGACAGCUACUGUAGGACUGAAAGGCAGCCCAGACAGACAGCUACUGUAGGACUGAAAGGCAUCCCAGGCAGACAGCUACUGUAGGACUGAAAGGCAGCCCAGACAGACAGCUACUGUAGGACUGAAAGGCAUCCCAGACAGACAGCUACUGUAGGACUGAAAGGCAUCCCAGACAGACAGCUACUGUAGGACUGAAAGGCAUCCCAGGCAGACAGCUACUGUAGGACUGAAAGGCAUCCCAGGCAGACAGCUACUGUAGGGCUGAAAGGCAGCCCAGGCAGACAGCUACUGUAGAACUGAAAGGCAGCCCCGACAGACAGCUACUGUAGGACUGAAAGGCAGCCCAGGCAGACAGCUACUGUAGGACUGAAAGGCAUCCCAGGCAGACAGCUACUGUAGGACUGAAAGGCAGCCC